AUGUCACGGCUGGAUCGUGACGACAAGAUCCGCCAGAUCACGCCAAAUAGUGCGCUGGGAGGAACGUGCACCACCUUCACGAGCGGCAAGGAAGAUAUUGGCCUCCCGCCUUGGCUCUGGCUUGUCGAAAGCAACACAGGCGUGGAUGCUGCCUGCCCAGCUGAAGGCCACUGUGUGACUAACUUUGUUGGACCCAUGGGCAUGGCGGCCUCCUUCAAUCGGUCCUCUUGGCUCUUGAAGGGCCAGGUGUUGGGCACGGAGCAGCGCGCGCUCUCCAACUACGGCGGCUCGCGCUUCAGACAGGAUCACAAAAAUCCUGUGUGCCUCACGGGCUUUGGGCCGAACAUCAACAUUGCCCGGGACCCGCGCUUCGGGCGAACUUCCGAGCUAGCAGGGGAGGACCCGCUGCUUAGUGGGACCUACGCCAUGAACAUGGUGAAGGGCAUGCAGGAACAGGACAAGGCCGGCCACAAGAAGAUCGCCGCCUACUUGAAGCACUACACGGCCUAUUCCACGGAGGCGAACAGGGGCCACGAUACGUAUAACAUUUCAACCUUCGAUUUCUUCGAUACGUAUCUUGCUCAGUACAAGCUGGCCUUCACUGCGCAGCCAGCAGGCGUCAUGUGCUCCUACGAUGCUGAGAAUGGGCGGCCUUCGUGCGCCAACGAUUUCAUCCUCAACAAACAACUGCGCAGCUGGAAGCCAGACGCGCAUGUCACCACCGACUGCGGGGCUGUGAACAACUUGAAGGGCCCCCCCGUCAACGCCCCGGACGACAUCCACGCCGCUGCCAUGGCACUGAUGAACGGAACCGACCUGGAGAUGGGUGACACCCUCUUUUCGUCCCUCUCCAAAGCCAUUGACAUGGGCCUCGCAACGGACGCACGAUUGACUGAGGCCGUGCGGCGUUCUUUCCAGGUUCAGUUCGAAGUUGGGCGAUUUGACCCACCAAACAGCACAGAGUUCCACCGGUACGGAGUGCAAGACAUCAAUAGCUCGCUUCACCAGCAGAUCUCAUAUGAAGCCGCACUGCAGAGCUUUGUGCUCUUGAAGAAUGAUGGGCAUGCUCUUCCUAUCAAGCAGGGAGCGUCAGUGGCAGUUCUGGGUCCUCACUCCAUGAGUCGGAGCCAGCUCUUCUCGGAUUAUGCAGCGCGCAGCCACUGCUAUGAUGGCACCGAUGCCUGCGUUCCCUCCAUCAGUGAAGGCCUGGCCAUGGCAAACCCACAGGGCCAUACCGUCUCCAGCCUGGGCGUUGACAUCAACAGCACCAAGAAGGAUGGAAUCCCAGCAGCGCUGGAAGCGGCCCGCAAGGCUAAUGUGGUGGUGCUUGCUUUGGGGGACGACAAGUCGAUCGAGACAGAGGGCCGGGAUCGAGUGGACACUGCUCUGCCAGGUCUGCAAGAGAGCUUCGCCCAGAAGGUCCUCUCUUUGAACAAGCCCACAAUCUUGGUGCUCAUCAGCGGUGGCCCCAUGGCCAUUGACUCCCUGAUCCAUCGAACCGCAGCUCCGUACGCGAUUGUGCAGGCCUUCUUUCCAAGUCACAAGGGCUCCCAGGCCCUGGGCGCAACAUUCUUUGGAAAGGAGAACCGCUGGGGCAAGCUGUCAGUCACCAUGUACCCUCACCAGUACAUCAAAGAGCAGCCCAUGACAAACUACGACAUGUCGAGGGCACCUGGGCGUACUUACAAGUACUACCAAGGCGAGGCUCUGUAUCCAUUUGGCCAUGGCCUCUCCCUUACUACCUUCAAGCUGCAUUGCACUCGGAAGACGGGGACAAAGUAUGGAGAAGAGGGCAAGCUUUCUUUUGACUGCAAAGUAACCAACACUGGACGCCUGGACGGCGAUGAGGUCAUUCAGGUCUACCACACUGCUGUGGACAUUGGCAAGGUGGACCAUCCGCUUCCCAAGCGUGCGCUGAGAGACUUCCAGCGGGUGCGGGUGGCAGCUGGGCAAGACGCCCGUGUGUCCUUCAACCUUCAGCCUUCUGUUCUGGAAGUGGUGAACAAGGAUGGUGAGCAAAAGCUGUACCCUGGCAAGCACUCUCUCAUCUUCACUCGCGGAGAUGUUGCAGAUGAGCAGCGCUUUGAAAUUACUGAGCCCGCUGUGGAAGAGCUGGUUGUGUGA